GGGGUACGAGAGAUAAACUAAGUAAGUGAGACUGUGCCUGGAAGUCAUCAGUAUCAAUCAACCGCUGAGUGGGUGAAGUCGUGCAAAGAUGACAACGCAUCACAGUGAAUUGCUUGAAGAUAAGAGAUUCGGGGUGUUGGACUACAUCAUCCUGACCACAGCUCUCUGCCUCUCCACCCUCAUUGGGGUCUUCUACGGGUUCAUUUCCAAACGGAAGCAGAACAAUGCGGAGGAGUACCUGCUGGGGAGUCAACAGAUGAAGAUUCUUCCUGUUUCCAUGUCCCUCGUCGUUACCUUUGUGUCUGGGAUCACAAUGUUGGGUGUCCCAGCGGAGAUGUAUGCCUUUGGGACACAAUUUGCCAUGGCGGUGAUCUGCAUGGGGCUCACGGGUGUCUUCCUGUACAAAGUCCUCCUGCCACUCUUCUGUGAUCUCCAAAUGCCAUCAACAUUCACAUACCUCGAACGGCGCUUUGGCAAUAGCUCACGCGUGAUGGCGAGUGUGGUGUACACGGUCUUCGUGAUUAUCACCACCCCCAUUCACAUCUACGUACCCGCAUUGGCAUUCAAUCAAGUCUCAGGCGUUAGUAUUCAUGUGAUUGCUCCAGUUAUUUGUGCUGUGUGCAUUUUUUACACCCUCUUCGGGGGGAUGAGGGCUAUCUGCUGGGCAGAUACCAUCCAAUUCACCACAAUUCUCGUGGCAACGGUUACUAUUUCAAUUCUCGGCCUGAGACUCACUGGAGGCUUUUCAGGAGUCUGGGAAGCAGCCUCCAGAGGGGAUCGUCUUCAAUUUUUCACAAUGGAUCCAGAUCCGUUGAUUCGUCAAUCCUUCUGGAGUGUCCUCUUCGGUAUUACCUUCCUCUUCACCUACACAAUUGGUCUCAAUCAAACAACAAUCCAGAGGUGCCUUGCUGUACCCGACAUCAAUGCUGCUCGUCGUUGUGCCUUCUUGGCGACAAUUGGAAUAAUUUUUCAAUUCAUUAUUUGCGCCUUUAUUGGUCUCAUUGCGUACGCCUUGUACGAAAGCUGUGACCCAUCGAGUGUGGGAAUUAUUAAGAAAGUCGAUCAAAUUAUUCCUUAUUUUGUAAUGGAUGUGGGUUCGGCAAUCCCUGGACUUCCGGGACUCUUUAUUGCUGCAAUCUUCUCAUCAGCAAUGUCCACAAUGGCGGGAUGUUUGAACUCCCUAGCAGCUACGGUGUACGAAGAUUUAGCCAAGAAAUGCUUCCCGGAGAUGAGUGAGAAGAAAUCCAGCAAUAUUAUGAAGAUUAUUGUGCUAAUUGUGGGGAUUAUUGAGGUGGCACUUGUUUUUGUGGUUGAAAAAGUCAAUGCCAUCAUGUACAUCUACCACACUGUUUCGGGAAUUACCACAGGACCUCUCCUUGGGCUCUUCCUGCUGGGAAUGUUCAUUCCAAAAGCCAAUAAUAAGGGAGCUGUUGCAGGAGCAAUUUGUUCCUUCUGCGUUCUCGGUGUAAUGCUCAUUGGAAGUCAGAUGUUCGGCACCCCGACUGCACCACUUCCCUUCAGUACAGACGGAUGUGAUGCAUCACUCUUGAAUGUAACAGAACCCAUUGUCUAUCACAUGGACCCAACCCCGAGCACCGUGCCGUGGUUCUUCCGCAUCAGCACAUGGUACAACACACCCAUUGGGAUUCUCUUGGUCUUCCUCGUUGGCAUCCCUGUGAGUCUCCUCACGGGUGGAUGUGAUUUGGAGAAUCAACGACUUCUUGUCCCAUGGAUGCGCAGUGAGGCGUACAGAUUGUCUAGGAGAAACCAGAAGCUGCAAGAAUUGGCUGUGAUCACCGAAAAGUCUGAGCCUCUGCUCACGCAGAAACCUGCAUAAACAGCACAUGUAGCUUAAAUAUUUAUUGACGCGCGAACGGCUGCGUCUGCUUGCCACGGCAUGCCAUCAGUUUGCUCUUAAAACAAACCUCAUGAGAUGGCAUUACGAAUGGGGGAGGUUGUCAGGUGCGCUCUGAUGUUAAAGAACUCUUUUUUGGGAGUACGUCAAUUUCAUACCUACAUUGAAAUUAUAUAUAGUUCUAAAGCUCAUUUCAUCUUCAACUGAUUCUUGACAUUUUCAUCAAUUAGAUAUUUUUUAUAGAAUUUUCUUGUAAUUUUUCUGCAAAAAAGUGCUGGAAAAAAUAAAAUUUAUAGUAUUAGUGAAAGCUUAGAAAGUAGCAUAAAUUACCAUAAAUUGUUAUAUAUAAUCGCAAUACAUAAAAUCAGAAUAAAUUCGUCUUAUCUUCUA